AUGGCGCUGGCUUCCGCUCUGACGGAGAAAAGCCUGGCCAAGUUUCGCACGAAACCCUGCGAGAGGCUCCUCACGAAGAACGAGUGUAGCUUUGGAGACCGCUGUCAGUACGCACACUCUGUGCCACGGCGCAACCCAAAAAACGUCUCCUACUCGCCGGAAAUGUGUUCUUCACCUGGGACGUGCCACCUCGGAGACGCAUGUCCAAAGGCACACACUGUGGAGGAGUGCCUGUAUCAUCCCACCAUGUACCGCACGCGACUGUGCCCGGAGAAGAAGCAGUGCACCGUGUUCUACUGCCCCCACGCGCAUGCCGAAGAAGAGCUGCGUAGUUGUGACUUGGCUCCUCCAGCUCUGGCCCUCCCGGCGGCAACGACGAGAUCUUCUGGGCCCUUGUCUGGGCCGUUGGAACCGGGCAUGGUGAGAUGCGAGGACCCGCCGAGGUGGUGGCCUGCUGGGGACCAGAAAGAUCUGCAUGUCCGAAACUCCGGUGAGGUGCCACCGUUGCAGUCCUACGGAUUCGAGCUUUGCGGUGGCCUGGUGCGGCCGGCAAAGUACAUGCCUGACACAGGACUGGAGGCGCAGCCCUGCUUUGCCAAACUGCUUUCGACGUCCAGGAGCGAAAGCCAGCUGGCAAAUCGCGUGGUCAAAGAUCUCAAGCGCUGGCUGUCCAAAACGCCACUUCCGGCGCCGUUCUUCCUGCGCCGCACUGUCGCCACCACAGCCUUGGCAGUGCCGUCGCACUUCCGAGUUUUGGGAAAGACCUUGGAGUCCCUGCCAAAUGGAGUGCUGCAGGAGGCGCGCAAGUGCUGGGCCGUGACGCAGCUGGCCGCCAAAUGGAUCAGACAGCUGGUCACCGGCUUGGAGGCGCUCCAUGAACUUGACAUUGCGCACAGCUGCAUCGGUCCUAGCACGGUUCUGGUUGGGCCCGGUGUUGGUGGAUUGGACAUUCGGAUUGGCGACUUUCUGGGCAAGGUGACAACUUUGCGGUGCUUGGAGAAUGGUUGCAGCUCUCUUGAUGAGUCCUGGGCGAUGUGGUACCCUGCAGAGGUCCACCUGCAUAUCUCGACAGCGGUGCCGGCAGGAGCAACGCACUUCAGCUCAAAAACCGCCUCCCCAGAUCUCAUGAGGGUGGACUCUUGGCAGCUGGGUGUGCUGAUCUUCUUCUUUCUGACCGGUGCUCAUCCCUUCGGGGAUUUCGAUUGUCCUGGAAAUGUUUGUGCGAACAUCCGAGCGGGCAAUGUCGCAAAUCGGACGAAACUCGAGGAACUUCCCUUGUUCUUGGAGCUCGUGGACCGCCUCAUCGUUUCCGAACCUCAAAGACGUCUCAAGGUCUCGCAGGUUUCGUGUCACCCCGUCUUCUGGGACACGUACGAGGGCUUGGAGUUUGCCAAGCCGCUGCUGUCGGAUGCCCGACGCACGCGUGAACAAGAAUGGCUUUACCACCUGCCCUGCUUCGCGGUUUUUGCGCCACCCACCCGUGAGCGUGCGCCGCGGCAAGAACUGUUGUCAAAGCUUUGCCAGAAAGUUCUCGACAUCGGCAAGCGUCGAAACCCUCACAAAGGACUUGGCACCAUUUGCCUGCAAUUGCUGUCCGAGAUCGACCGUCGCCGGCCGGUGCAAGCUCCUCAACAUGCACCGGCCAAGCGUGCAUUUUCACCUCCCAGAAGCAUUCCACCGCCACCGCCAGACGAAGCGACGUAUUUCCAAGCAGGAAUGCGCAGAGGCGUGGAGCUCAUGGCCGACUUCGCACGCCGCGCUUUCGUGGACUAUCUGACUCCUCCACCGGGAUUAGGUCCCAGCAUGACUCAGCAGGUCUUGCUGCAGAGGUGCAGCUUGGCAGCCGCAGAGCUGGCGCUGUACCAGCAGCACUAUCAGGCUCAAUGCCGACAAGGACUACAUGAGACGGGACGCGGAGCACAGGACUGCCGCUACGGACACAUUCCCCAACAAGAUUUCUCCUACCAUCCAGACCCGGAUGGAUACAGCAUGCUUAUGCACGAGUACGACAACUGCGCCUGGUAUCCCUCGGCACUUCAGCAAAGGGAUGGCGCUGGCUCGCCCAGUCGUGCUGAAGGCUCAUCUCUGCCGGAAGCACCUCGCACGCCUGAGGUGGUCCGCACAAGGAGUCGCGCCGAGCCGGACUCCGCUGAGAAGUUGAUGCGGCCUCCGAAGCCUCCGGCCAAGGCAGAUAUGGCGCAGUUGGAUGCAGCCCAGAAUCAGAAGAUCUCCACGCCCGGGCGCCGCUCCGCUUCUGGUGUGAAUGGCAGCCCAGAGGCCCAGAGCGAGGCACAGAACGCUUUAGCCCAGUGCCUAUCAGACUUCGAGGUGGUGCCAGAGCUGGUUCCCAAAGCUGCGGCCUUCUCGGUCUUCCGGGAGGUGGCGAAGACCGCCAUCGUGCCGCGGGAAGUGCAGAUGAAGGUUGCUCCCGAUGAAGCGGGCGAGUCUGGGCGUUUCUUCACGUACAGCCACUUCGCUUGCAGCCUCGCAGUCACUGCGCAGCGAGCUUUCGCAAGUGCAGGUGCAUCGUCGCUGGUGCGACUGAUGCAGUGGAUGGAUGCGUCCAAGGGCCGUGUUCUGUUCAGCCAGAACUUCCCCGGAACUGCUCCCAAAGGCUGUGCCAUCAGCCUCAAGGUCCUGCCUGAGAUGGAGAGACUUCCAGAGGAUGUGCAGCGAGAUCUUGGCGCCGUGACGCUGAAACAGGCGACCGGCCAGGAGCCCGCGCAGUCAAGGCAGGAAGGACCUGCACCUGCUGAGGAGGUGGGGAGGCCACGGCGCUCGCGCUCCGUGACCAGCCUCACCCGUGAGCCGCGGGCGGCUGCGGCACCACUCCCGGAGUGGGCAAGAUUGGAAAUCCAGAAAACUUUCGGGCACUAUGCAUCCCUUGGCGACCCGCUAAAUCGAAGCACCCUCACAUCGCAGAAGUUCGGUCGCUUCCUGCGAGACUGUGGCCUGCUAGCCGUCGAGGCCGACGGCCCAGUUUCCUUCGACUUCGCGCCGGAAGGCCCUGCUGGUAGUGUUGAGGAAAACACGUCUGGAAACUGCGCCCCUUUCGAGUCUCGCUUCUCUGCCCUCGCGCGCGGAGCAUCCCCAGCUUCCCAGUCAAGUGCGGAGAGGUCGCCGUGCCAGUGUGCGACGACCUUCGAAAACAGGCGCCGAAAGGGUGGACGCUUGUUGUCUGCUGGGCUGGGGGUGUUCAAAUGCCAGUGCUAG